CCUUUAGUUUCAAUAUCUAAAUGUCUAAUAACAGUGCUAUACCGCCAGACUCACCAGAAAGCGAUCAUGCCGAUCAAUCCAACUUCGAGUUCCCUGAGGAGUACUUCACUUUAGAUGAUUGGCUGGAGGAUUAUCCUGAAGCUAACCUCUCGGUGCCAACUGAGAAUCCUGUUAAUCAAGCCAAUAAAGUUAAUGAUUCUGCUGGCUCUAGCAGCCUCCUUCAAAGACCAGCUGAUCAUAACAGAGAAAGUGAAACUAUCGGGGAGAGAAGGGAAUUCAAAGAAAGAUAUGCAUUCAAGACCAAGUCAGAGGUUGAGAUACUGGAUGAUGGAUACAGAUGGAGGAAAUAUGGGAAGAAGAUGGUGAAGAACAGCCCGAAUCCAAGGAACUACUAUAGAUGUUCUGUUGAAGGAUGCCCUGUGAAGAAAAGAGUUGAAAGAGAUAAAGAGGACCCAAGUUAUGUAAUUACAACAUAUGAGGGUAUCCAUAACCACCAAAGCGCUUCUUGAAUCAGUUGCUUUCUCUCAGGUUCGAGUUCUUUGACCAGUAAUAUCUCACAGCCAACUCCUGCAGAAGUCGAUCUGCAUUUAUCACAUCCACGACAUGAUACUCAAUUCAUGUAUGUAUGAUUAAGAAAUCUAAAGAUAAUAUCAAAGAGUCUCAGUCCGUUUUAUUCAUGUAGGUAUCUUUUAAG